CAUCAGCUGAUAUCUUUAAUUUUGAAAAAAAAAGCGACGCCGAUGAGAGGAACACUUUAACGCCGGAGGAGCAAGUAAUCCGCAUCCGCUAGGCCAGCCCAGUGACCACCAGCAGCCCGCGAUGAUCAAGCUGCAGCCACCGCCGGAUGUGGCCGGUGGCUACCACAAUUUCCGGUGCGGCGAGGUCCUCUUCAGCGCUCCCGCCUCCUUCGACAUUUGCUGCUCGCUGUGCGACCAGCGUUUGGCUUGGGACACCUUCCCGGAGCAUUUCCGGACAAAGCACCUUGCCGGCAGUGGCCCCCAGGAGUCCACCAAGCUGGAGAGCGAUCCCAUUGCCCAGGACUCUAGCGAAUCGCAGGGCAAGGAGCAAGAGUUUGUGGAGGAGCCAAACCAGGACACGGAGGAGCCUCACCAGCGGGCGGCGGCCAUGAAGAACACCCUGGUGGAGACCCAGGAGGAUUUGCUGGACAUAGAUCUCGACUGGACGGCUGGCGAGCAGCCUGAGAAUGAUGAAGCCCACGAGGACGAGGAGGAGUCUGAUGAGGAUGACUCGACUCAUCGCAGCAAUGACACUAAGGACAUGCUUUUCCAGUGCGAUCAGUGCGACCGGGCGUACAACACCAAGCGCAGCCUGCAGAGCCAUCGCCGGCUGAAGCACAACGACGAUGCCUCCGUCUCCGGAGGAGGAGUCCCGGAUACAGCCAGCAGCGAGCGCAAGGGCAAGACGCGGCGGAAAGGUCCUCCGAAGGUGUACAAAUGCCACGAGGAGGCCUGCAACCAGACGUUUCGCACGGAACGCGAUCUGCGUGGCCACCGCUGGAAGCACACGGGCAUCUUCUGCGACAUCUGCGGCAAACCCUUCACCCAGUCGGGCAACAUGAUGCGCCACCGCCAGCGGCACAGUGGCAUCAAGCCGCAUAAGUGUCCGGAAUGCGAGGCGACCUUCUACACGCAAAAGGAGCUGUCCUCGCACAGUAUCUGCCAUACGGGCCGAAUGCCCUGCAUUUGCGAGGUGUGCGGACGACCUUGCCGGGAUCGGGGCGUCCUCACCGCCCACAUGCGUCGUCACACAGGCGAAAGACCGGCCAAAUGCGAGGUCUGCGGCAAGGCCUUCUACAGUUUCCACGACCUCAAUGUCCAUGCCGUUUCGCACACCAAUUUGCGACCAUUCGUCUGCGACGUUUGCGGUUCCACGUUCCAGCGCAAGAAGGCGCUGCGGGUGCACAAGCUCCUUCACUCGGAGCAGCGCAAAUAUGCCUGCAAGCUGUGCGGCAAGACCUUCGCCCAAUCCGGCGGCCUCAAUGCCCACAUGCGCAGCCACGAUCCGGCGAGGGUUAAGGGAGCUGUGAAGCCCCUUCCCCAGGCGGUCACCAUCGAGGUGGUCGAGGGCCGGACGCCGCCCACCACCACCAUCACCAUGGCCAUCGACCUCAAUGUGGAGGAGCAGCUGGUGACGCAAACCGAAACGGCUCCCGCCACUUGGCGACUGGCUAACUGAGUAGCUGCUGGUUGGCAUCAGGGAUUGAUUAAGUUAAGCACAAGCAAAAAAAAAAGCGCCAUAACAAACAUAAGAAAUGUUUUAGUUCUCAAGUUAAUUCGGUAUAGUUUUUAAAAUACCAAUAGAAACUGUAAAACCAAUAAGUUGUUAAGUAGCAGACCUAGAAUAAAUUCAUAGAAAUUAAAAGAACCCACUGUAUAUAUAAAA